UCCUAUCGCGAGGUUAUCACAUUAGCUUGGUUAGUUAGCUAGCCGCGAAAAGCUUGACUGUGUACCCGCGGCUUAAUUGUUUUUAAAUUCUUCUUAAAAGCACCGAGAGGACCGUGCAUUGCUGUUUUAUCACCGUCUCCUCACACCUGCACGAAAGGAUAAUCGCCGGACCGUGUGUUUGCACGCAUCCCAAUGAUGAGUUAUGCUGAAAAGCCAGAAGACAUCACAAAAGAAGAGUGGAUGGACAAACUAAACAAUGUUCACAUACAGAGGGCGGACAUGAAUCGGCUCAUUAUGAAUUACCUGGUGACAGAGGGAUUUAAAGAGGCAGCGGAGAAGUUUCGGAUGGAGUCUGGUAUCGAGCCGAGUGUGGACCUGGACUCUCUAGAUGAAAGGAUAAAGAUUAGAGAGAUGAUCCUGAAGGGACAGAUACAGGAAGCUAUCGCACUCAUCAACAGCCUACACCCCGAGCUUCUUGACACCAACCGAUACUUGUAUUUUCAUCUGCAGCAGCAGCAUUUGAUUGAGUUAAUCAGGCUAAGGGAGACUGAGUCAGCACUGGAGUUUGCCCAGACACAGCUGGCUGAGCAGGGGGAGGAGAGCCGGGAGUGUCUGACAGAGAUGGAGAGGACACUAGCCCUUCUGGCCUUUGACAACCCAGAGGAGUCGCCCUUCGGAGACCUGCUUAACAUGAUGCAACGGCAAAAGGUGUGGAGCGAGGUGAACCAAGCUGUGCUGGACUAUGAAAACAGGGAGUCGACACCCAAACUGGCUAAACUGUUGAAGUUACUGCUGUGGGCUCAGAACGAGCUGGACCAGAAGAAGGUGAAAUAUCCCAAAAUGACUGACCUUAGCACGGGAACCAUCGAGGACCCCAAGUGAACACAACAGAGAAGAACAACCACCUUCCACGUCUCCUUAAUUUAUGAUCAGUCAGUGACUGUGUGACAACCAGGUAACAUAUAUGUAUAAACAAAUUCUACGUUGUUUUUUCAUGUUUCAUCCAUGAGAAGUAAGAUUUAACUCAUUGUGCAAAAUGUAAAUUGCUGUAUUUGCAAAGUGACAAAUUAUUUAGUUUAAAUACAGAUCCUGGAUUUUUAGAUAGAUCUCAGAGACGACAAAAUUCAAAUUGCUGUUUUAUAUUUUGUCUUUCUAAAGCCUAAGCCAAGAGUAUUAUUUAUUGUGACCUCUUUUCCCCACCAAGACUUUAUUUUGGCAGAAAGAGAGUUGACGGUACAGAAGAGGAAUGUUAAUACUGUGGCGUGUGAAGAGCCAAAGCUGUAAUGGUUCAAAGUUUGAAACACAAUUAGUCUUUUUAAUGAACAUAUGUUGAGAUUGAGAUGACACACUCAUCUUAACUAAAAUUAAAAUCUAAAUUUCUUACAUCAAAUAUGAAUAUUUUUCAAUGAAAUUGAAAUAUACACUUUAUUAAUGUAAUGUAAUUUAAAUUAAUAUAAUAUUUUACAAUUUUAUUUAGUAUAAUGUUUGGAAGUUUGCUAAAAAAUGAACCACUUGCUUUCUUGAUUGUACGGUUACAGUAUGUCUGCAGGAUGAACUGCCUUGUAAAGUGAUCAUUUCACACGUGUGUUUGAGAAGGUGAAAAAGGGUCCUGGUUGAAAUCGGAGAUGGCGCCCUGGGCUGGGAAUGCACCAUCCUCCGCGUGCUCCAAAUGGUUGUGUUUGGUUUUACGUUGUUGGGGGUUGAAGUUACCAUGAUGCCAGUCUCAGUGAUGGAUGCAGGAUUUAAAAUGAUGCUUGAGAGAAAAGGCUGCUCCAGUCACAAGAUGUGAUGCAACCAGGGUGGUUUAUAGUUUAAACUCGUAUUUAAAAUCCAUAAAAUGAUUUUGUUCAAUGGCUUUGUUUUGAUAAUUAAUAACAAUGAUCAAAAACAUUGACAUUUUGAAUCUGAACCGGCCGGUUACAGAAUUUGCUGUCCAUUUUGCCACUUUAAAACCGUUAGUAUUUUCACUUUAAGUGCAUGUAAGUGUAUCUUUUUUUUCAAUGGGGAAAAGCACUUGUGCUUGUUUAUUUUGUUUGGUUGGUUUACUUUUAUAUAUAUAUAUAUAUAUAUAUAUAUAUAUAUAUAUAUAUAUA